AUUUUCUUAGGCCGACGAAUAUGCCAAUCCAAGGGAGUUGCUGCCGUUGUUGGGUUUUAUUUAUUUAUUUUUAUUUUUUUAUAAUUUUUUUUUUCCUCCAUGAAGAAAUCGUAAAAGAUUAUUAUAAAAAUAUCUCAACAUCUUUCCAGAAGCAACUACAUCCAUGAAAGCCUCCUAGAAAACUCCAUUUUGCUCACACUCACAGAAGCUCACUCACAGAAGCUCACGCACAGAGAGAGAGAGAGAGAGAGAGAACGAAAUGGGUCAGAAAAGGGUAUUGUUGUUGUGUGGAGAUUACAUGGAAGAUUCGGAGGCGAUGGUUCCUUUUCAAGCCUUGCAGGCUUUCGGAGUGGCCGUUGAUGCCGUUUGUCCCGGCAAGGAAGCCGGCGAUUCCUGUCGCACCGCCAUUCAUGAGCUUCCUCCUGGUCGCCAGACAUAUUCUGAAUCUCGUGGGCAUAAUUUCACCCUCAAUGCAAAUUUUGAUGAAAUUGAAGUUAGCAAAUAUGAUGGGUUAGUGAUACCAGGAGGGCGUGCUCCAGAAUAUCUGGCUGUGAAUUCAUCAGUGGUGGACUUGGUGAGAAAAUUUGCUGACUCCAAGAAGCCAAUUGCCUCUAUUUGCCAUGGACAACUGGUGCUGGCAGCUGCAGGUACAGCUAAAGGUCGCAAGUGCACAGCAUUUCCUGCUGUGAGACCUGCACUCAUUGCUUCCGGCGCUCAUUGGGUGGAACCUGAGACCAUGUCGGCUUGCGUUGCUGAUGGUAAUCUAAUCACUGCGGCUACAUAUGAAGGCCACCCUGAGUUUAUUAGGCUCUUCGUGAAGGCACUUGGAGGCAACAUAACUGGUUCGGAUAAAAAGAUCUUAUUCCUCUGUGGGGAUUACGUGGAGGAUUAUGAGGUAACUGUUCCUUUUCAGUCCCUUCAAGCUCUAGGGUGCCAUGUUGAUGCAGUGUGCCCCAAGAAGAAGGCUGGUGAUACCUGUGCAACCGCUGUCCAUGAUUUUGAAGGUGACCAGACCUACAGCGAGAAGCCAGGCCAUAAUUUCACAUUAACAGCUGACUUUGAAGGUUUAGACAGCUCAAGUUAUGAUGCUCUCGUCAUCCCUGGAGGUCGAUCUCCUGAAUAUUUGGCAUUAGAUGAGAAGGUUGUUGCAGUAGUGAAGCAUUUUAUGGAUGCUAAAAAACCUGUUGCCUCUAUCUGUCAUGGGCAGCAAAUUUUAGCUGCAUCUGGUGUUCUCCAGGGAAAGAAAUGUACAGCAUACCCAGCCGUAAAGCUUAAUGUGGUGUUAGCAGGGGCAACAUGGUUAGAACCUGAACCAAUUUACCGCUGUUUCACUGAUGGAAAUUUGGUGACUGGAGCUGCUUGGCCAGGCCACCCGGAGUUCAUUUCUCAGUUGAUGGCAUUGCUUGGUGUUAGAGUGUCGUUUUAAUGCCUGUUUAAUAUGUUGUUGUCCAUAAACAAAUAAUAAGUCUAUGUUGAUACUAUGGUUCUGUUUCAUAAGCAUUCGUAGUUGUGCUAGAAUUGUUGUUGUGGAUGAACCAUGCGGCUGUUUGGUAGAGUAUCUUGUCGAAAAACAUAAAGUGUGAGAAAUGGGCAUCACGCCUGACGUAUUAGCUGUAACCCAUUCCACAUAUUUUGUAUUAUAUUAAUAUAAAGCUUUCGGAUGAACUCACUGGACGAAUCA